UAUUGUCAUCAGUGAAUCGCGUUACAGUCUAUCUAAAGGUAAGUUCAAGCAUCUGCAUCCUCCCAGCGACGUUGGACAACGAGCUCUUUUGCACCCGGGCGGCUCAGCUGCAGUACAAGUACCUCGGGCAGAUAAGUAAACAUUGGGGAAUACCCGAACAGUGUUACAAUUGGAAUCUCGCGCUGAUUUUCGAUCCCAUCUACAGUCUAUAUCUUUGGAGUGACAAUCAAUCUAGCGCCUUAAGCUUCCGAGCCGAGGAUAAACAUCCAUCAGCUUGCACGGUCGCGAUCUCAGCAUUCAUCAUAACAAUACCCAACAACCCGCAAAAUGAGCGUCAAAUUCGACUCUACAAAGAUCACCUCCUCCGGAGUCGCUGCUGCGCCAGGAGGAGUUGACGCGAUGAAGGGCCCCGCACACGAGCUGGCAGAUGAGGUCGGUGUAGCACUGACGGGAGGGAAAGGAAAUGUUGGUCAAGGAUACUUGGCAGCAUAUCUCAAGCAACUCCAAACCAAUCCCCUCCGAACUAAGAUGCUCACUUCCGGCACAUUGUCUGCAUUACAAGAGAUCCUUGCUUCAUGGAUUGCGAAAGACAUCAACAAACAAGGUCACUACUUCACAACUCGAGUGCCCAAGAUGGCAGCAUAUGGAGCCUUUAUAAGUGCGCCAUUGGGGCAUGUCUUGAUCAGUAUCCUUCAGAAAUUGUUUGCAGGACGCACGAGUCUGAAGGCCAAGAUCCUACAGAUUCUCGUAAGCAACUUGGUUGUUGCGCCCAUUCAGAACAGUGUCUAUCUGAUCUCAAUGGCCAUCAUCGCAGGAGCUAAGACGAUCCAUCAAGUUCAUGCUACAUGGAAGGCCGGAUUUAUGCCUGUCAUGAAGGUCAGCUGGAUCUCUUCGCCGUUGGCCCUUGCCUUCGCACAAAAGUUCCUCCCCGAGCAUACCUGGGUGCCAUUCUUCAACAUCAUUGGUUUCUUUAUUGGUACAUAUGUGAACUCAGUCACAAAGAAGAAGCGUCUCGCAGCUCUUCGAAAGAGACACUUUGAUGAGAGCAGAAGGCCCGACGAGGGUUAUGGUGGACCAGGACCAAAAUACUAAAUGCACAGCAUAUUUGGACGGAAUAUCCGCAAGAUACUACAGGUCACUAAUGUUGUGGAUUCUCGAUCUUGACAAGAUCCCGCUUAUGCAAUCUGGAUUUGGCGAAAUCGGCUGGAUAUGGAUAUUCUCUUGGCUGGAGACAUGCAUAUGGUUGUUCAUGAGGCUUUGCUUGCUUUAUCGCAAAUUAACGGAUACGGACACCACACACGGAAACUUCGUUCCGAACUUUGUACAAUGUCCUUUUUCAUUGGAUGCGCCGUUUGUUAGAUACGAAUUGAUUGGAGAGAAGCUGGUACCACUACAACACACGUGACCAUUGUACGAUGAUAUUGUUACCCUCUGUACGUGUCCAGGAUUUCUUGGCACUUUAUAG